UAUAAAUCCCAGUGCUUCCAAACAGCAGGCAGUACUUGCUGGAAAACUUUUAGAGCAAGAACUAACUUCAAGCAUGGCCGAGAGACGCAUUCCCUUCACGUUCCUGCACUCCCCAUCCUGGGACCCUUUCCGUGACUGGUACCAGGGCAGCAGGCUCUUUGAUCAGACCUUUGGAAUGCCGGCCUUCUCCGAGGAGCUGCCCACCUUCCCCAGCACUCACUGGCCGGGAUACAUCCGGACCUUCGGACAUCCUGACAUGGCCUCUUUGAUGCAGAGCCCCACGAUGGCUCCGAUGCUCAUGUCACCCACAGCGCCCAUAAUGCAGCCCCCGAUGGUGCCCCCGACCUAUGCCCACGCCCUUUCCCGACAGCUCAGCUCUGGAAUGUCAGAGAUAAAGCAGACACCAGACACGUGGAAGAUCAGCCUGGAUGUGAACCACUUUUCUCCAGAGGAGCUGUCGGUAAAGACCAAAGAUGGAGUGGUGGAGAUAACUGGCAAACACGAGGAGAGGAAGGAUGAACACGGCUUUGUGUCCAGAUGUUUCACCAGGAAAUACACUCUGCCCCCUGGUGUAGAUUCAGAGAAGAUCACCUCCUGUCUGUCUCCUGAGGGUGUGCUGACCAUUGAAGCUCCUCUGCCCAAACCUGCCAUCAAAGGCUCUGAAAUCACCAUCCCUGUGAACACAAGCAGCAGUGCAGCUUCUGGAAAGAGUGACAGCACAGCAACAAAGAAGCCUUGAGCACUGACACACUUGAAAAGCAAAUGUUCCAUAUUAAAGUCUUGUUCAUACUGGUCUUUGCAGACUGGAGGAAGAGGAGAGAAUGGACCUUUUUUUGACAUGUCUCUUUCUCAACCUCCUCUCUCAUCCAUGUAAUAACUCAAAACAGCAGUUUACAUCCAACUGCAGCCAUUACAUAUGCUGGUUUUGCACACUUUGUUUGAAUCUCAGUCACACGCAUACAGAAUUAAACACAACGGCCCUCAUAUCAGUUGUACCCACCAGUAGAACAGCACAAAGCAUCUUUAGAAUAGUGUUAUUGGCAAUUUUGUAUUGUGAGGAAUUACGUAAUAUGUUCUAACUGACUGUAAUAAACACUGAAUGUUGUUUCUGAAUGUCCUAAUGGAAUGCAUUUGGAAAUAAUCGUUCUCACGUACAAACAUAUAUGACAAUUGACAAAUAUUCAAUGACAAAUGGAUUGCGUCUUUGGACAUGGAACCAAACUUUUACUCUCAACAUGAAGUGAAAGGAUGUCACUGAUGAAGUCCACAUAAAAGAUCUUGGAUUUUUAAGAAUCAAUAUUAGGUUCGUUCAAAUAAAGGUUCAAGAAAGCAAGAUCUAAUUUUUUUCACGCACCCCCAUGGAACCUGCUUACAUAUCUCUGGUUGGGAAUCACUGACAUACAGUAUUUUAGACUGAUUUGAUAACGCUUUAAGCUACCGGUAAGUGUAAUACAGUUUCAUUGACAUUUCCUGACCAAGUGAUAAUGGCUAUUAAAAAUGAUCCAUUAGCCAUUUAAUUGAACUAUUAUGUAAGCACAUGGCAACAAUAAAAGGGUUGAAAAUGUACAGGAAAAAAAUACAGAUAAAUCUCUGCAUUUUAAAAUCA